AUGUCUGAGAAGCUCAUCUCGAACAGAAGUGACUUGCAAUUUGUACCUGAAUCCUACAUAUUACCCCCAGGAACUAGACCAGGCAAUACACAGGUCUCUGUAUUGGAGGUCAUUCCAGUCAUUGAUUUUCAGCUACUUGGUACCAACAGACCUCAGCUGAUCAAGCAAAUCAUAGAGGCUUCCCAAAAAUUUGGCUUCUUCCAGUUGAUCAAUCACGGGGUUGAAGACAAUUUGCUGCAUAAGGUAUUGGACGUGGCCAACGAGUUCUUUGAGCAGCCUUAUGAAGACAAGGCAAGCAUGUAUUCUGAAGAUGUUGAGCAAAGUUGUAGACUAUACACCAGCAUUGAUUAUAACAAAGAGAAGGUGCAUUUUUGGAGAGACAAUUUGAGACACCCUUGUCAUCCCUUAGAACAACACAUCCAUUUCUGGCCUCAGAAACCGCCUCAAUAUCGGGAGGUGGUUGGAAGUUAUUCAGUGGAGGCAAGGAAGCUGAGUAUAUUGCUUUUGGAUCUUAUUGGAGAAGGGUUGGGACUUGAAUCUGAAUUUUUCGGAGAUGAACUUACCGAAGUCCAACUGAUGGGCAUAAACUAUUACCCACCUUGUCCAGACCCGAGCUUAACCUUAGGGUUACCAAAACAUAGUGAUGUUAACCUCAUCACUCUUCUUCUCCAAGGAGAGGAAGUUCAUGGUCUUCAGGUUUUAAAAGAUGGGCAAUGGUUGGCUGUUGAGCCUGUCCCUAAUGCCUUUGUGGUUAAUAUAGGCCACACUUUACAGGUGCAUCCACAUCUUUAUAACCCAGCCAGCUUCUCUUUCUUUUAG